UCCAGUGGUGGGGAUGAAAAUUAGUUACGGCAUCCACCAAGAGACCUAAAAGGAACUCCGUGCGCGGCGCGGCCAGGCAAGCACUUCGUGCAAUGUUACGCGUUAAGGUACCCCCGUGCGUCGUUGGCAGUGCCCGGUUACGAAGCUCAUCGUCGUCAUUAUCGCCGUCGUUGUCGUCUCCGGUGUUGGACGCGUGACGGUCAUCGACGUCACGCCAAGAAAAAGUUGGUUCGGUGGGUGCGCGAAACUACACGUUAUGGCUCACGGUGUGAGCGAGGUGCUCGGUGAGGGGAACUCGGUGAAAAUGGUGCAUCAGAAACAGCAACAGCAGUCGGUAGUGCAUCAGCAGCAACAAAACGGCACUAGGAAAUCCGUCGGAGUGAUGGGCAGUAGACGAAUAUUUGCGCCGGCCUUCAAGCUCAAGGUUCUCGAUUCGUACAGGAACGACAUCGACUGUCGUGGGAAUCAGCGAGCCACCGCGAGGAAAUACGGAAUCCACAGACGUCAAAUACAAAAGUGGUUACAGUGCGAGGAUAAUUUGAGAAACAGUUGUGCCGAGACUGGAAAUUCGGGAGUCGUUUCGUCUACGGUGAUCUCUUCCGCGGGUGUUUCCAAGUCGGACGGUACCGUGACGGAAGGUACGGGGCCUGCCGUGACUCCAGCAGCGCCGGCCUUGAACCUCAGCCUCACCAGACUGCACGGCGACGAGCUGGCUACACAGCAAGGGCCCCCACCUCUUCUUUCUCGUCCUCCUCAUGGUGGUUCAGGCUCUUCGCCCCAAUAUGCCGCUCAAUCCACCACGGUCCCGGUUUUAUCCGUUCGCCUCGGAUAUCAAGAAUAUUCCGGUAAUCAGGAGCCCCAUCAUCUUCGUCGAGUGGCGGAGGAUCGCGCGCAGAUAACGGACUCGGUUCACGAAUACUCGGAAACUCGCGGGGAUCGGGAACAAGUCGGUUACUACGUUCUAAACGGCGACGGACAACGAGAAAUCGAGACCUCGACGUCGUUCGACGGCCGAAACGAGGCGAAGGUAUAUCAAACGUUGACCAGCUAUCGCGUGCCUUCUCAUCAAGCGCACCGGUACAAGGAAAACGAAAUAAUCGGUGCGAUGGUUCAUCAUCGGCAAGAACAUCGUUCGCCGAGCCUCCAUCGAUCUCAACAAACUUACGGAGACGUGGAUUCUUCCGUGGACGGGAAAUCAUCGUACGGUUUGCUGCUAGCGCCGUCCAUGAUAAAGACGGAACGAGCGAGCCCAGACUCAGCGGCGACACCAGGACCGUGCGAAUCGACGUGUUCUCCCGGUGCCCCUAAGGUCCCGCUCUCGCCCGUUUCGCAUCGCGCCAAUAGUACCACCAGCACCAGCUCCACGACGUCCGUUCACUUCGAUUCCCCACGGGCAUCCGUGAGUCCAUGCUUGCACGUGCACGAACACGCACACGCAUACGCGUCUCCGACACCGGAUUCCAAGAAGUCGAUCCAAGAGUCGAACGAGACAACGGUCCGUAUCGAAGAGAAGGGAACGGAGGAUGUCGUGAAUGAGGCGAAAAUCGGUAGGACGGUGAUCAAGGAAGAAUUGCACUUCGAGGAAGAGGGGGAGGAAGAGGACAAGGAGGAGGAGGAGACGAACGACGAAGGAAGAGAGGCCGAUGCAUCAUCGUACGUCGAUUAUCAACGGGCACCUGCCGACUCGCGUCCGGUAAGCCCAGCGAACGAUCCGGAAGGAUAUUCCUUGCCGUCGAGCCCUCGAGAUCCCGCUAGUUCCGGGAGAUCCAGCACCAGUUGCUCAGACAGCGAAAUGGACCCUCUCGAUUGCUCUUCCGGUGGGCAUAAUUCGUCCAACGAUCUCGCUCGUCGACGAUCCUUUUCCCUUCGCUUCAAACUGGACGUUCUAGACGCUUUUCACAGAGACGUCGGCGUAGCUGGGAAUCAACGUGCAACAGCGAGAAAAUUUGGCAUUAAUCGGCGCCAAGUACAAAAAUGGCUAGGCCAGGAGACGGAGCUUAGGGGUGAAAUCGCUGUUCGUGGAAACUCACGGCAACGGCUGGGCCCUAUCCAGGAUGCCGCUUCCGGUGAGUCACCGGUGGAUCUGAGGACGUCGAACUAUGUUUCCAACUUAUCGCACGAUCGAAUCGAAGCCGAGUACGACCUAUCGCCUCCGCCUCUUUACUGUUGCGACGUAGGUUUUUCCUCCUCGCAACAUCUUUCCUACUACCACCACUCGGUGAUGAUGGAUCCAUCGUCUGAGAGCGAGCCCGCGGCUUCUUGCAAUCUCUCCUGCUGCAUGGACGUUCACGCGACGACACCGGCGCCCUCGUGUUACCAGGAAACGUCCUUAAGAGGGUCUUGCUACUCGGACCCUCAAAACAGGCUGUACUGUUAUUCCCCCAGAGAGUAUUCGUCCGAGAUCACAUCCGUGCCCGAGACAACGGAGGAAUUUUCGUCCUCGAAAAGACAGCACUGCACUCUGGCGUGCUGCUACGAGGGUACGCCGUCCCCGAAGAGGAUCUGUUUGGAAACCGACGAGACUAUCGGGACGAGCCCUGCGUGCCAGGAAGCGCCGCCUCAAGACACGCCAUUGUGUCUAGUAAAACCGAAAAGGCUCUUCGAUUCGCCAAGAUCGGAACCAGUGACCAGCACCGUCCCGACGCCACCGGCAUCCACGGCACCUCCUCCUCCGGAACCAAUCUCUAAGAAGGAUGCUAUCCUGUUCAAACCGUACCUGGACAAUCCCGUAAGUAAGCCUGCGAAGGAGCACUCGAUCCAGAGGGGGCUGUCCCCCGUUAGCAGCCAGAACGUCGUCAACAACAACAACAACUGCCAAAGCAUCUGCAAUUUAAACGAAAGCAGGGGCCACGACUACGCCCUCGAACUCAGUUUAAGACUGCCGGUAUCCUGGAGGACUCACCCGAGUCCGUACACCGAGUUCCCUCAAGUUAAAAGCGCGUUCGUUAGGUAUCCAGCGAGUCCUCAUUACAGUUAAAUCGGCAACACUUUUUCGAUCCUCAACGCAGCGGGAUAGACGCGAUACAUAUUCAUCGAUCCUUCGUCGUCAUCCGAAAAUCAUUCGAAAUCGACUUGCCGAUCCCCACCAUUUGAGCAAAAGGAUUCGCCGACGAAGGAUCGAUAGAUACGUGAUCAACGACACGUCGCGGGCCGCGAACGUUUAUCGUUUCGAUACCGCGUUAUAGAUCGCGAUAAAGUCUUAAUCAGUCAUUGGACGAUGCAUGGCGUGGUAGGAGAAAUUAUACAUAAUCGUGUCCUCGGCCGACGUGUUCUCCCAACUUGCCCCAGGCCUGCUUCUCUUCGUUAUUCCCCGCAUCCUCUAAAAAAUCGGUGCAGAUAUCCAGCCUGACACUUUUUCGUUGUUAUCGUCGAGAUUAGCGUUGAGCGGCUAUCGGCUAGGCCGUUUAGAGGUCGCGUGGCAUCGUUAUAAUUACGGAAUUAUGUCAGUCGCAGCAAUAGAUACCGAUCACGGAGAAAAACUCUCCCGCGAGCGAUGGGGUUACGCAACGAUCGGAAGAUACCAUCUUAUUUUUCAACGAAUCCCUCCUCGAGUCUCUAGAGAUCGAAUCAGGAAUGAAAAGUUCCACGAAGCGAAAAGUAUUCCCGUGUAUUGUAUUCCCGUCGCACCCACUGGCUUCUCCGCGAACGGCCGUCGUUUUUCUUAUUCCGUCUUCGUCGAGGAUCGAUCGUCGUUAGAUAUCGUUUAAUUGCUCAAAGAAUUUCUUCCAUGCGCGCACCUGUGUUACACGCACGGUGCGCAAGUAUUACGACAGGGUUCCGUCUCCGUUUUCUUUUCUCUCAUUUUCUUCUCCCCCGCCGCUCGACUCGGAUCAUCCGACAAUUUUUCUUCGUCGUUUCUUUCCUUCCCGGCGGAUCGAUGACUUGUAAAUAUGUAAAUAGCGCGGAAUCGACCGAUCCACGGUUACAGAGGUAUACGACAGCGUAAAAGGAUCGAGCCGGUUCCCGGAAUUUUCACCGAAAACGGAAAUCGCGACAAUUUCGAAGGAAGGAGAGGAACGGCAACGAGAAGAAUUCGAUAGCGUGAUAGUAUUGUACGUCGCGAUCGCUUCCGUUCGAAACCGCACCGCGUGCCUUUUCCUCCCAGUUUCGGAGCGAAUUAACUUGUAGACGCGUGCAUAAACAAAAAUAUAUUUUGUAUCGAUCUGUGCGCUUCUUCGGUCC